CGCAGAUCAGGGGGCGGCUGUGAUUGGCUGCUGCUUGCCUCUGAGUCCUGUUGUUUCAGGCUAUAAAAAGAUGAGAGGAUGGGAAGCAGCAACAGCAGAGCAGUGACAAGCUGGACAAACACAUCCAGUGACAUAGAACCAAAGCAACAAAGCAACUCUCUCCUCGUCUGGGAUCCCGACCUCACAGCCAAGAUGUGCAAAGGACUAGCCGGGGUGACCUCCUUCCCUGCCACCUGCUUGAAAAGUGCCAAAGAUAUGAAGCAUCGACUUGGCUUUCUGCUUCAGAAAACGGAUGGCUGUGAUAAUAGCACUUGCGUGAAGAAAGAAAAACCUGGUUGCCAGAGGCUGACUUACGAUGAAAUAAAGAAAUGGGCAGAAUCUUUGGAAAAUCUCUUUAACAGUGAAUGUGGCCUGGUAGCUUUCAGAUCAUUUCUUCAGUCUGAAUACAGUGAAGAGAACCUUGACUUUUGGCUGGCAUGUGAGAAUUACAAAAAAACGAAAUCUACAGCAAAGAUGACAAGCAAAGCCCAAAAGAUCUAUGAGGACUUCAUUUCUGUGGAGGCAACCAGAGAAGUGAAUCUGGAUUCAACUACUCGAGAGGAAACAACAAUGAGCAUACUUCAGCCAACACACUCUUGCUUUGACCAGGCCCAGCACAAAAUCUUUAUCCUCAUGGAGAAGGAUUCCUAUCGGCGCUUUCUAAAAUCACAUUUCUACCUGGACCUUGUCAGCCUGACCAGUGGUGGAAGCACCAAGAAGAUGAAAGGCCUCAGCACUGACAGCAACCCAUUCAUUCCUCAGUGUGCCUAAUAAAUAAGACAUAGACUGUGCAUGGCCGCAGCUAAGAACUAAAUGUCUGUGUGCUCUUAUCUAAACUGUACGGUGGCUCAGAUCUGGUCCUGAGCCGGCUCCUCUUAUUUAUUAGAUGGGUGUGUGUCUUGCAUGCAUUUCUGUUUUAUUGGGGUGAGCUGGAAUAUUCACUCAGAACUGUGCAAUGUAAUCCAGAUUAGGGAGUCACUGGCAAAUGGGUGAAACAGGUCAAACUGAAUAUUCUCAGGUGAUGCUUAAGAAAAGUUUCAGGUACCGUCUCUGUGAAGAAUUUGUUGACUGAUCUUAUACCCAACAUGACGCUAUUGAGGUCCAUAUGACUAUAGCAAAGCAUGAAAUUAGCUUGCUUUUGACAUACAUAUAGUUAAUACAGUUCAAAGAGGCUCCCCUGUGUUGGGGAAGCCUUCAACUACAUAAAUGUUAUUUGAAAUGAGAGUUCUCUGGUACAGAGUAAAGUUGGAUUGCAAUGACUUUGCCAACGCAUAUACAAAGUCAUAUUGGUAAUGGGCAGGGAGAUAAAAAAAAAAAACUACUGACUAGAGCAGGCAAUGCUGCUUUUAUUUUAUUACAGAUAUUUAUUUUGACAAAACUGUCUUUAUUUAAUUACAGUGAUUUACUUUGUUUUCUAUACAUAUUUUGGAUUUUGUUUGCAUUUUUUUUAUAUGUUAUGUUGUUGGGGUAAGAAGUGUGGAUGAAAUGAGACUCUCAUUGACCAAACAGUGAUUUUAUGAACAAUUUAGAGGACUGAAAGCAAAGCAAGAGAACUAGUGAAUCCUGCAAGCUGUGGGCAAUAGCAGGGAACAAGCUUUUCAUUCAAUAGUGUUACAAGCAUGUCACUGCUUGGGUACUUUGAAACUUGUGCAUGUUUGUGAUGUCAAAAAAAAGUCUGUGAAGCCAAAUAAAAUAUGUCAUGUAAAGAGCA